CUUGUCGCCUCAUUGUGCAUCUUUCGAUUCUAGAGUUGGAGACAGGUAGAGUGAAAGCUUUCGCAAACACUUUAUCUCUGGCUUCCUAGACUGUUAGAAAUCUAUCAAGAUGCUAGAUACUUUUGAAAUACUCACUACUUCCGGUGUGGUUCUCUGGUCCCGGACGUACGCACCAAUUAACCCAUCCGUCAUCAACAACUUCAUCGCCGAUGUAUUCAUCGAGGAAAAGGCCACCGCAGCUGGCGCAAAGGACACACAAACCACCGCGAGCAACCCACCGUACAAAGCUGAUCAACAUACGCUAAAGUGGACAUUUGUUAAAGAAUUAGGCGUUAUAUUCGUUGCCGUGUACCGGUCUCUGCUACAUCUUUCAUGGAUCGACAAGCUCGUCGACAAUCUGAAAACCAUAUUUAUUGACUUAUAUGGUGAUCAAUUACGGAAGCCCCAUACCACCAUCGUAGAAUGCCGUAAGUUCGACGAGUACUUCGAUCAACAAUACCACGAACUCGAAGCAAGUGGGACAGUAAAUGCCUCGCGGGCCGUUGGCGCCUCCUCUCUCGGGGAGGAGGACGGAAUAUCUGGUGGGCUUAGAGGAGAACCUCCACUUCCGCCAGGCCUUAAACACAGAGGUAAAACGCCGAAUGGCCCACAGGAACAUCCAUCCACCGCCGAAUCCACGCCGAUCGCAACCCCGAACACGUCCCGACCUUCUACCCCUGCUGGAAACCACCUGAUUGUAGGAAAGGGAGGCCCAAUGGCGAGGAUGUCGAGGAGAGCUAGAAAGAUCCGAAAUAACGGCUCUGCCCCGGUGUCCUCCGGUGAUGAGGCGCCGUCCAGGAAAGCCAAGAAAGCGCCCAAAAAGGGUAGGAAGUGGGAUGCUGAUGGCUUUGCGGACGAAGAGGACGAUAGCAUACAAUUAGAUUACUCGGCGGCCCAAAAUGCUCUGACGAGUGAUAGCGAGGUAGAGGCAACUUCUAAGUCGACAGCGGUAGAGGACAUAGACUCGUCCACGUGGGGAACGACUACUUCUAAGGGGCAAUUCGUGUUGAAGGAUUUGGAUGACGAGGUGCACUCUAUCCUCAAAUUAGCCGAGGAAAAGAAUACGAUAUCGAAGGUGGAAAAUAAAGGUGGACUUGUUGGCUCCGGUUUAAAUACGAUCAGUAGUCUCUUCCGCAAUGUCGUGGGUGGCAAGACAUUGACGCAGGAGGAUCUCGACAAAGCUAUGAAGGGCAUGGAAGACCAUCUACUACGGAAGAAUGUCGCCCGUGAAGCAGCUGUGAGGCUUUGCGAGGGUGUCGAGAAGGAACUUCUCGGCGUGAAGACCGGUAGCUUCGAGAGCAUCGAUACACGAAUCGCUAAGGCCAUGGAAGCAUCCCUUACUAAGAUGUUGACGCCUACGUCUUCGCUAGAUCUCCUACGCGAGAUUGAUUCUGUUAUCAAACCAUCGGCGACGUCGAUGCGCAAACAGAGGCCGUACGUCAUCUCUAUAGUCGGGGUCAAUGGCGUUGGCAAGUCGACCAACUUGUCUAAGAUUUGUUACUUCCUAUUACAGAACAAAUAUAAAGUCCUCAUAGCGGCGGGGGAUACCUUUCGGUCAGGAGCCGUGGAGCAGCUGAAGGUUCACGUACGGAACUUGAAGGAGUUGACUGAACGCGAAGGCGGCAAAGUUGAGAUUUACGAGAAGGGGUAUGGAGGCGAUGCGGCUACAGUUGCUAAAGAGGCCGUGAAGGAAGCUGCCCAUGAAGGUUUUGACGUCGUUCUUAUUGAUACAGCUGGGCGACGGCACAACGACCAGCGGUUGAUGUCAUCCUUGGAGAAGUUCGCCAAGUUCGCUCGACCGGACAAGAUUCUAAUGGUUGGCGAGGCACUCGUAGGAACAGACUCCGUCGCCCAAGCCAGAAACUUCAACUCGUCUUUCGGCCCCGGCCGAACAUUAGAUGGGUUUAUCAUUUCUAAGUGCGACACCGUCGGAGAUAUGGUGGGAACAUUGGUCAGCAUCGUACACGCUACUAACGUACCCGUCCUCUUCGUCGGCGUUGGGCAGCACUAUUCGGACAUCAGAAACUUCUCCGUCAAAUGGGCGGUAGAGAAGUUGCUGAGCAAUAGUUGAUUCCCCUGUAGGCCAAUUAAGUUCUCAGACUACAGGGCAUUUUCUCCUGUUUAUAUACAUAUAUAACCCUCAUGAGAGCUAUAAUUGGGCUCAAGUUAUUGGUGAAUAGGGGUGGUGAACUGUAUAUCAUCUAUUCAGUCCAAUAUACGAUUAACUUAGGAAGUCCUGCCAGGGAACAACUCGAUUUCCGGUAGUGUUUACUUUCUGUGAUCACGGUUCCCCGCAAACCCACCAAUGAGAAGAUUGGGGAGAACGCAUUGGUAAUGAAGAGGUUAGACACACGACCGAGAGAGGAUGAGUAGGCAGCUAGAUAGUAGUUUUGCAUACGGGAUCAUCAUAGAUAUGGUGGUACGGACUUGAUCUUUUAAGGAGUUAUGAAUCGACUGCCACUACCUACUAGGUAGUAUCGUACUAGGUAUUGGACUUGGUGUACAAUCCUAUCCAUAGAUGUGCCUAUGUAGGUGUGUAACUUGAUAAUGAGGUACUAGAUAGACUAGC